UUCGGGAUUCGGGAUUCGGGAUUCGGUCGCAAACAAGAAGGCCGAACAAGGUUCCGCAUCAGCUGCUGCUCUGACGCAGCCUUUUAUGCCCCAGUCUGCGCUGCGUCCCAGGUGUUCCGUGUCGGCUCGGAGGUGUGGGCGUGGCACAUAGUACAUGUGAAUGAACGUAUGGCCCGCCGUGUUGCAGUGAUCGGUGCUGGCAGUUCCGGGCUGACCUGCAUCAAGUGCUGCCUCGAGGAGGGACUGGAGCCAGUGUGCUUUGAGAGCAGCGAUGACAUCGGAGGCUUGUGGAGGUUCAAGGAGAUUCCAGAACCGGAGCGCUCCAGCACAUACCGAUCACUUGUGACCAACACCUCCAAGGAGAUGAUGUGUUUCAGCGACUUGCCCAUGCCGGCCCACUUCCCUAAUUUCAUGCACAACUCCCAGCUACUGCAGUACCUCCAGCUCUACGCUGCUCAUUUUAACCUUCUGCAGCACAUUCACUUCCAGACCACAGUCCUCAGUGUGAAACAGAGUCCUGACUUUGCCUGCUCUGGGCAGUGGGAAGUGCUCACUGAGGACAGAGAUGGGCUCAAAAAGAUCCAUAUUUUCGAUGCUGUCCUGGUGUGUACAGGUCACUACACAAAGCCUGUCAUGCCACUGAAGGACUUUCCAGGCUUUGAGACCUUCAAGGGGGAGUACUGUCACAGCAGCGAAUACAAAGAUCCAGAGCCUUACAAGGGAAAGAAAGUUGUGGUUGUAGGGAUUGGGAACUCUGGUGCAGACAUUGCCGUUGAGCUCAGCAGAGUUGCAAAGAAGACCUUCGUCAGUACUCGGCAGGGGGCUUGGGUCAUAAGGCGCACUUCCCACAAGGGGUGCCCUUUUGACAUAACUGCGUUCACUCGUCUUCUAGAUCUACAGGGCUUAUUACUUCCCAGGCAUCUCAUCAACUGGGUCAGCGAGAGGGAGCUAAAUCAGAAAUAUGAUCACCGGUUAUACGGCCUCAUGCCUAAACACAGGUUGUUCGACCAGAUACCUGUAAUCAAUGAUGACCUUCCUGCCUGCAUCCUUCUUGGGGUUGUGGUCAUGAAGCCACAUAUUCAGGAGUUUCAAGGCUCUACUGUGGCCUUUGUGAAUGGGACCAAAGAGGAACAAAUUGAUGCCGUAGUCUUCUGCACAGGCUACAACUGCAGCUUUCCGUUCCUCACCGCUUCUGUCUUUACUGGCCCUGGUCAUAAUUUGAACCUGUACAAGCAUAUCUUCCCACCUUCACUUGAGCACCCCACACUAGCCAUAAUAGGCCUGAUCGAACCCUGGGGCCCCAUCAUGCCUAUGGCGGAGAUGCAAGCUCGCUGGGCCACACAAGUAAUUACAGGUGUCAUCCAUCUCCCAUCAAAGGAAGCCAUUGAGACAGAGAUGAAAGGAAACAUGAAACGUUGUCCAAGUCCCAAACAUGGAAAUCUGCUGGUGAAAUACAUCCCCUAUAUGGACGAACUGGCAAAUGAGUUGGGAGUGCGGCCAAACAUCCUGAGGCUGCUGCUGACAGACCCUCGCCUGGGGUUCAGGGUGCUGUUUGGACCCUGCACCCCUUGUCAGUACCGACUGCGUGGGCCAGGAAAGUGGGCAGGUGCCCGGAAUGCCAUCCUGACGGUGUGGGACAGGGUGAGCAAACCAAUGAUGACACGAGUUGUACCAGAGUCCCGUCCUUCCAGACUACCAAAGUUGCUUGUUCUGAGUAUCCUGCUUGUAGCAGCCAUUUAUGCUGGAAAAAGGCAUUCUAAACUGCUGGAAAGCCCCAUGGCUGCCCUGAACAACUGGAGGAUGUACGUCCCAGCGGCGGUCCUUCGCGUGCUCAAAAUCUGAACCUAACAAGAGUUUGAACCUUACUUCUGCAGAAACCCUUACCUGUCAAUAACCUAAUUUUGCCUGACUGCCUCAUUUAUAUACAUAUGGCAAAAUGUAUUACAGAAUUCUCAAAAGUAAAUUUGAUAAUAAAAUACAAAAAUAAUACCAGACUAAUAUGUCAUAACACCAUGUCAUAUGCUGACCACAGACAGUGGCAUUCCUGGCAGUAACAGAAUUGUAACUUUAUUAGGAAUGUGUUUCUGAGUCAAUAGAUUCAUAAAAAGUGAUUUGUAAUUUUAUACACUUCAUAAUUUUAACAUUCUGCUACCCCUGAAUCCUUAACCACUGUAUGCUCAUCUAAUCUUCUAUAGUAAUCUGAAAAGUAAAUGCUCAGACAAAAUUAGGGUAAUUAAAAGAAUAAUAAAUGCUUUACUUUGUUAUUACAAAAGCGUUGUAAUUUUUAGUUUAAUAAUUAACAAUAAAAAAAUCACUGAAAGCAAACAGAUUAAAUGUGGACAUGCUCUUGCUGGUUAGACUAGGGAUAAUUGGUGUUUUAAUGUUCUUAUAAAAAGUUUUUAGAUUCUUGUGAAAUGCUGUCAAUUUAUUUGAAAUGAAGUCGCUCUAAUGCUGUCAUGUAAUGUAACGCUAUAGCUGUUAUGAGAUCAGUUUCGCAAUUUACUGUUUCCCAUAUAUUGUACUCUUGUAACAAAUUUACUGUAACAAUAAAAUUGUACAUCUCCUUGGAAAAGCUUUAGCUACUUUAAUAAUAAUGAAUGAAAGGUGAUCAUUCUGAAGUUUUUGGAAUAUGAAGAGUAGAGAAUAAUUAUAACCUGUUCACCGACGAUUUUCUGUUGAUUUUUACAGAAGUCUGUUAUAGCGGUGCUUUUGAAACUAAAUAAAAAAAUAUG